GACUUGACGAACUUGUGAGUUGUGACCACGAGCUGUUCUCUCUCCCAUUCCUCAUUUCCCAAGCAGUCCACGCUCAAGUCUCAACCCCGACCCCAACCCCUCCUCCCCUUCUCCCUAAUAGUGAUGACCUAAUCCCCCGAUAAUCAGCGAGGAGACUCGCGGCGGUGCGGCGGCGGCGACCUUCCACAGCUGUGAGACUUGAGAGGCAACGCGAUAGUGCGAUAACGGCCACGAGCCGCGGCUGCAGGAGGAGCUCUGGAAGCGUUGGGCUUGGAGAACGGAACGCGGUGCAGCUGGGUGAACGCCUUGAGCUCGGGCCGCAGCCCCCACCGCCCCACGUCGCCGCGCGAUUUGGCGCUGCGGCCUCGCCGGUUUUCAGGAAGGAGCUUGGCAUAGUGGGAGUGGAAGCAAGGGGAGAGGGAACGACGGAGCCUGAUGGUGAGUUCACUUGCUCAUGGUUGCAAUAGUACUCCUUUUAAAAGAGGGUAUGCCUUCUUCCCACAUACAUGACAACUUGAUGAGCGGUAUGAAACAUCCCCUUGAAAUACCAAACUUCCUUCUUAAAUGAUCACAUAGCCGUAGCCCACAAAGAUAGCAAGAUGGUUGGAGCAACGGCAAGCACUUUGAUGGGGGUGAUGAAUCCACUCCUAGGAAAGCUCUCUACCCUACUCGAAGAGGAGUAUGGCAAGCUUAAAGGUCUGCAUAGUGGGAUCGCCUCUCUGAGAGAUGAGCUACGUAGCAUGGAGGCUGCUCUGGAGGACUUAUCACAGUUGGAGGAACCCAGCCAGCAAGUGAAGGAGUGGAUGCAUCAAUUGCGGGAGCUUUCUUACGACAUUGAGGACUGCAUCGAUGUCUUCGUGCAACACCUUGGUCAGGAUGAUGCUCAUGAUGGGCUUAUUAGCAAGAUUAUUGGUUGGAUCAGGACGAUGAAAGUUUGCCAUCAUACUGCAGGGCAGAUUGGUAAGCUGAAGGAGCAUGCUGUGGAAAUUAGUGACCGGCGUAAGAGGCUCAAAUUGGACAUUGUCCCCUCCAGUUCUGCCUAUGUGCCCAUUGAUCCUAGGUUGUCGGCAUUCUUUGAGGAGGCAGGCAGAAUCAUAGGUAUUGAUGUCCCAAGAGAUGAGCUCAUAGAGUGGGUCACCAGUGACACCAAUAAACGGAGAGUAAUUUCUAUUGUUGGAUCUGGAGGUAUUGGCAAGACAACUCUCGCCAAUCAAGUAUACCAGAAAGUCAGAAGCAGAUUUAGUUGGACAGUUUUUGUGUCUGUAUCCAGGAGUCCUAAUAUCAUCAGGAUUCUCUCUGACAUAUUGUCCAAUAUUAUUAAAACAAACAACACAACAUCGGAUGACCAAAAGCAACUUAUGCAGAGGAUCAAGGAAUAUCUCAAUCGUAAAUCAUUGGAAUAUCACGAACUUGUCAACAUGACUAGAGAAUUUCUCGAGAAUAAAAGCUAUUUCGUCUUGAUUGAUGAUGUCUGGAGUAAACAAGCAUGGAAAGACAUCCAAUGCGCUUUUCCUAGUAACAACAAUGCAAGCAGAAUAAUGAUGACCACACGUAUUCAAGAUGUUGCUAAAUCUUGUAGCUUUCCACACGAAAGCCACGUUUAUUCCAUGAAGCACCUUGGCGUUGAUGACUCGAAAAGAUUGUUCUUGAAAAGGAUAUUUGGCCAUGAAAAUGCUUGCCCUCUUGAAUUGAAAGAGGUUACCAGUGACAUACUAAAGAAGUGUGGUGGCUUGCCACUAGCUAUAGUUAAUAUAGCUAGCCUGCUAGCAACAAAACCAGCCACGAAGCAAGAGUGGGAGAGGGUAAAGAAUUCUAUUUUCUGUGUGCUUGAACGAGAUCACGAGAUGGAAGUGGUAAAAAGGAUUUUGUUUCUAAGUUACUAUGAUCUACCUGACUAUUUGAAGGUCUGUUUAUUGGAUCUGAGCAGAUACCCAGAGGAUUUUUUGAUUAAGUGUGAGCAUAUGAUAUGGAGAUGGAUCGCUGAAGGAUUUAUUUCUGGAAAGCAAGGACAAAAUCUAGAGGAAGUAGGAGAAAGGUACUUUAAUGAGCUCAUAAAUAGGAACAUGGUACAAUUGGUUCAAAUGGACUACAGCGGUAAAGCAAUCAACUGCCGAAUCCAUGAUAUCAUGUUGGAUCUACUCAUAUGCUUGUCAACUGAAGAAAACUUUGUUACUAUAGUAAACAGUCAAACGAUCACAUCUUCGACUGACAAGAUUCGUCGCCUCUCCCUCCAAGGAAACUGCGAAGAGAACAGUGUAUGGCUGAACACUAGUGAUUUUUCUCAUGUCCGGUCACUUAGUGCAUUUGGUGAUUGUAAGCAAAUUCCCAUGCUCUCAAGCCUUCAAAUUCUGCGGGUGUUAGAUUUAGAAGGCUGUAAUCAUUUGAAUGAGGACAAUGUCCGUAUUGAAGAUAUUGGAAGUUUACAUCAGUUAAGGUAUUUAUGUAUCCAUUCAUUCACAAAGGUCCCAAGGCAAAUUGGGAAGCUGCAACUGCUGCAGACGCUAGACCUGACAAACUCAAAAGUGACAGAAUUGCCUGCAAGCAUUGUACAACUACGCCAAUUGGUGUCCCUUGAAUUGGGUUUUCAGGCAAGAUUGCCGGAUGGUAUUAGCAACAUGAGAGCUCUUCAGUAUUUGAGGUGCUUCAAUUGCAGCAAGAAUUCCAUAAAUGUUGUUCUGGAGCUAGGUAAUAUAAUCAAACUAAAAAGGCUUGUCAUACAUUGGGAUCAUGAUAUAACCGGUGAGGAUGAGGAAAGGUACAAGAAGCCUUUGGUAUCAUCACUAUGCAAGCUAGGACAAAGUAACCUCCAGAUUCUAAAUAUUACCCGAUUAUACCUUUAUUGUACCGUGGAUUUCUUAAUAGAGUCAUGGUACCCUCCUCCACAGCAUCUCCGCCAUUUUGAGAUGAAUGGCAUGGCGCACUUCCACAGGAUUCCAAGACGGAUAUCAUCAUUCUCCACCCUCAUCUACCUAGAUAUCCGUUUAGAACAGUUGGAAGAGGAAGAUAUGCAGCCACUGAAAGACUUGCCUGUCUUGGUAAACCUCUAUCUAGAAGUACGGGAAUCCAAUCAAGAAACACUGAUCAUCAGCCAUGGUGGAUUCCAGUGUCUAAAGGAUUUUUCUCUCUUGUAUGCUGAAGACAAAAAGGGUGGACCAGGUAUGAUAUUUGAAGGAGGAGUUAUGCCAAAGCUCCAGCGGUUAAACAUUAGAUAUCAUGCUCAUAUUACAGUACCUGAACGGGGUUGCGGGUCUGAUUUCAGCAUCCAUCAACUGACCUCCCUCAAAUUGUUCCUGGUGGACAUUUAUUGUGCGGGUGCAACAGCACGGGAGGUGGAGGUCGCGGAGGUUGCCAUAAGAAAUCAUGCUAAUCUUCACCCCAAUCAUCCCUCCCUUGAAGUAAGAAAAUUUCUGAAAGAACAUAUGGCAACGAAUGAGGACAAUGAUGCUACUGAACAACUAGAGGGAACCAGUACCAGUUAGAAGAAGACCAUCUAGCUAGCAUGUAGCAUCUGCGACAGCUGAAAGUUGAAAACUACAUUUGACAAUGGUAUUACUCGUUCCUCUCAUGCCACCAAAGAAUCCAUCAGGUUUCUGUCCAGUUCUUUAUUCCUAUAUAAUCCAAAGCUGAUUUUGAGCUCUAAACUUUUGUUUUAAGAUUAAUUUUAGGGUUUUCUUUGUCA